CAUAACGAAAUAAUGGGUGUCGCAAUUUUGAUAAGUAGUUUGUUCCUGGCAAUAUUUGUUACCAUCGAAGCGUCCGAUUUUCUAUACCAUUCACCCAUGGAGGCGACUCAUAAACAGCAAUGGGUCGAUUCUCAUAACUAUUACCGCCGGAAUGUUAGCAAUCCUGAAGCCGCAAAUAUGAGACUGAUGACCUGGGAUGACGAACUUGCAGCCUUUGCUGAAGAUGUAGUGAAAACAUGCAAUGUCCAGCAUAAUGUUUCCAGUGAUCUGAAGACAAGCGUAUUUUCAUACAUCGGGGAAAAUCUUUAUGCUGGAGAAGCAUAUUAUUUUAAUGAAAUGAUGGGAAAAAACGGAAUAGUGAAACUUUGGUAUGACGAGAUCAAGUACUAUAACUAUGUAACCGCUAGUUGUCAGUCUGGACAACAAUGUGGGCGUUACACUCAAAUCGUUUGGGCAGAAACAUACAAGGUUGGAUGUGCGAUAGGAAAAUGCAAAAACAUCGGAGGCGGAUAUGGAUCCAGCCUUGUCAGUUGCAAUUAUGGACCUGGUGGCAAUAAAGUAUUGGCAGGCGGCGGUGCUUUCAAACCAUACAUCUCUGGUACACCAUGUAGCCAAUGUGAGACAGGGGAUCUGUGUAUAGAUCAACUAUGCAACAAUACAGGCAGGGAUGUUCCUUUCACAAUUGCGACAACAAGUGCAGAAAAUAUCGUCACUACUGGUAAACUAGGUGAUACAACCCACGAUGGUAUAACUGCAAUUUCCUCGACAACACAAUUGAUUGAGACGGUUUCAACUUCAAAUACUACAAUGGUGACCAGCACGGAAGGAAACAAUGGAACGGCAACUUCAUCUUCCGAUCGCGUUCAAGCCUCCCAGACCAAAAUACUGAUGAUAUACUUGUUGCUCGUCCCCUGUUUCAGCAAAAUGUUUUAUUCCUGAACUUUACUGUUUCUUGCAUUUUUGGGAUGUUUCAUAUGUAGUCUUCUAUUUUGUAUGCUUGUAUGCUAUUUUGUAUGCGAUAAUUUCCACGCCCAGAAAUGUUCUCCUAUACCUUACC